AUGAACUUACAAGCCCAAGAGGGCAAUGCCAAAAAGGCCACAAUUACAGAGGAAGUGAAUAAAAAGAGGGAUGCGUCGUUGAAGGCCAGGGACGUCGACGCCCCUAUUCAAGCUGGUACAACAUCCCCUAACCGGUCUCCCGGUAAAACACGUCGCCUUAACUCUCCGGCCGCCCCCAUUGAAGCUGGUAUAACACCCGUUGACCGGUCUCCCGGUAAAACACGUCGCCUUAACUCUCCGGACGCCCCUAUUCAAGCCGGUACAACAUCCCCUAACCGGUCCCCCGGUAAAACAUGUCACCUCAACUUUCCAGACGCCCCCAUUGAAGCUGGUGCAACAUCCCCUAACCAGCCCCCCAGUGAGCGGCCUUGCCUCAACUCUCCAGACGCCCUCGUGUCACCGGCAGAAGCGCUGGGCGGCGUGUCCAUAUCGUCCCCAGUGCAGCCAGUCUCAGCUGUUAACAAAAAGCGUCGCGAGGGGCUCCGGAAGCGAGAGACCUUGAAACGAUUGUAUAAUUUUCAAUUCAGGGUGCUUAACGAUUAUGACCCAAAAGCGAUAGGUUCAUAUCAGCAGAUGGUGGAUAAGCUCAACGCGAUUGAGACUGAAGACCCUCCCAGGACUGGCCAGCUUGGUGUCUUCAUCGCGGCCACUACUUUUCAGAGCUUGCUGUUCCUCAAAAUAACAGGAACGCCGAAUCAGCUGCAGAGCAUACCCUCACGGGUAGACCUCAUCGGUACGACUCUUGGGCUUCCGUUGGCCCUGAUUUCUGGCCAAUAUCUGCUACGACUCGACGAGCUUGCCUACGAUGACAAAGGCGCUCACGAAGACACUCCCGCUCCAAAAGAUGUCGGUUCGAAAAACGGCGUCAGCGUGUCCAAAGUUAAAUAUAGUUUUGGCGACUGGUAUGUAACGCUCACACAGCUCGACCAAGCGCUGGGUAUAUUGGACAAGAAUGAAUUUUGGCUUCGAGGCCAAGUCUCCACCGUCUCUGCCGUUCUGGCGGAUUCGGUGCCCUUGUUCUGUUACCGUUGUUACGCUCCUGGCCACAUGGUUAACAAAUGCCCUUCUGAUGAGCCAAGGCGGUGCGGAAAAUGCGCCGAAGUUGGCCGACAUGACACCAGAAACUGUGAAAUCACCGACGUGAAAAUGUUUACAUGCUGCAAUUGCGGAAUGCGAGGCCAUGCCGCCUUCCACCAAAUCUGCCGUCACCCCCCGUCCGUGGCCGAGUGGAAGCGAGCAUCGGAUGCCAGGAAGAUGCUGCCGGCCUGGGCUCACGCAUGGGCAAAGCAAAGGUCCAACGCCGCACAGCAGAACCCAGGGCCGGCCUCGACUCAGAAGCAAGACGAAGCGGCCAAGCCUGGCAAGAAAAAGCGAGGGAGGCCGCGCAAGAAUGCUGCAGCGCAGCCCGAGAAUGCGGCUGUGCCAGGAGCAAUGGACCUUGACACGCAACCGCAGCAUGUCGAUCACCCAAUGGGCGGCAUGGAUCAAGGUGAAAAGGAAGUGGACCAGUGCAACACUCCCAAGAAGCGAGCACCGGGCCGACCCAAGAAUCCGCCCAAGCUUGACGCAAGUCAGACUUCCCUUGACGGUUUUUGCAAACCACGCAAUAGCCAGGCAUAA